AUGUCUAUCCUAUGCUUUUAUUUGCGCAUCUUCCCCAGCCCGUACUUCAAGGCCAUAGCCAGGGUCACUCAGGGCCUUGUGGUGAUGGUCACGUUCCCUAUCACCUUGUUGCUAUACCUCUCUCGCUUUGAACACCUGGGUCUCGACGAUGUGGCUCUCUUCCUAGCAACAGCUGGAGCAAACGUCGCCAUGGAUGCUGUGUUGCUCGCUCUGCCAAUACCGACGGUUUUCGCCCUCCAAAUGAGUUGGAAGAAGAAGUCUGUCGUUACAUGUUUCUUCAGCCUGGGAUUGAUAACAAUGGGCACCUCCAUCCUUAGACUGUACCUCCUCAAUGGGAUACUGGGUAGCUCUGAUCUCACAUGGGACGCCGCGCCCGCGAACAUUACCUC